AAUACCAGGUAAAUCUUUUAUCCAAAAACAAGUGAAAGAGGUUAGUUGUGAAUAACCCGUUAUAAACUGAUUAUUUAUAAAGGUUUUCGAGUUUGUAUGUUCUAUCAAAACUGAAAAUAUGAGUUUCACUAAGAAGUCCAGUCAAGAAUUUAACGUUUCCCACGUGGACAGUAACGUAAGAGGAUCUUUGAAGAGUUCAGGUUCACUUGGGAGAGGCAUUUCAAAAGAUAAAAUGGGAGCAACUUUCGACAGUGAGAUUUUAGAACAUAAAUAUUUUAGUGAAAGACCAUUGCGAUGGUCAAAAUCGAAAAUUAGCAGCAGAGCCACCACCACAGCUCUGGCGGACGAACAGUCACUGCAGAGGAGGAAAAAACUUCUACCGGAAGACAGUUACGACACUGAUCAUGUGAAAAGUGAAGAGAGCUCGCAAUCAAAAGGAAGUGGGGAGAAUCCUGCCUUGCCGAACGUUAUGUCUGCAGUCGAUUCUAUAAACAAAGGAGUGCCCAGUGUAAAAUAUGACGUAAGGAAAACCAAACUAUUCCUUCAGCAGCAAGGCGUUGGCAAUUUAUCAAUAUGGCACCAUCUGACUAAUGUCUUGAACAAAAUAAUCGCAGAGCAACCAGCAAACGUAAUUGAUUAUUUUGAAGAGUACAGCAGGAAAGUUAAAGAGGAGCAAUUAACAGAGCUAGACUUACUGAGGGAUAUCUACGUUCCCUCGCCACACCUGGAGAGUGCUAAGAACCAGCUGUCACUCAUCAAUUCAGUCAAGAUCAAGGAUGAAGAAGAGCCAGCAGCAGAAGAAGAUGAAGAAAUGAAGGAGCCUCUCAAGAAGAUGGAUCUAGAAGAGGUGAUGUUUUACUUCAAACAAGCCGGUGUUGCCAUUCCUACGUCACAGCUGGUCCCUCUGAAUAUUGCUGUGAAGAAACUCUCAUCGGAAAAAUCUUUAUUGAAAAGCAGAUUUUGGGGAAAAAUACUUGGUACAAAACAAGACUACUUUAUUAUGGAGUGUGAGCUCAGUGAAGAAGAAUAUGAGAAAAGAGUUCAGGAAGAAGAGCAAGCUGAAGAAGAAAAUAUUAAUGAAUUAGCCAAGAUAAAAGAAGAGGCAGAAGCUGAAGCCAAAAGAAUCGCUGAAAAAUAUGCUGAUCCUGAUUAUGAUGAAGAUGAAGAAGUGAUAAAAGGUGGAGAAAAACAUGAGGAGGAAGGGGAAAAAGAUGCUGGAGAAAAGGAGAGUAGUAAUGAGCAAGAAGAAAUUGUUGAUGAGCAGGAAAAGGAAGCUGGUGAGAAAGAAGACACCGAAGAAAAAAUAAGUAAAACGGAAGAAGGUGAAUAUCAAAAGGAAGAGCAUGAUGAUAAAGAAGAGAAGAUUGAUACUGAAAAAGACGAAAGUGCAAUUGAAAAAGGAGAGGGAGAAGGUGACAAGAAGGAGACUGAUGCUGAAAAAGCAAAGGAAGAGUCUGAGAAUGAAAAGGAUGCUACUGAAGAAGAAACUAAAAAGGAUGAUGAGGCUGAGAAAGAAAAACAGGAGGAGGAAGAAGAUCCCCUUUUACCACCUUUGCCUGCUCCAAAAAAACUUCUUAAAUAUAAAGUUCCACCAACAUUACUGCCUGUUUUAAUAGAAACUGUAAAAAUUCCUGCAGAAAAAGUAGGAUCUGGAUUAAACCGAAAAGUCUAUUAUGUUUGCAAUAUUCCUGAACUCGAGUGGACAGAAUUGCCAAAAGUCACACCAGAGGAAAUAGAUGUUGCUCGCCAGACUCGAAUAUACUUUACAGGAGAUCUUGAAACUAAGAUAAUAACUUACCCAGCCUUCCCUGGGACAGAGAAAAAUUACUUACGAACUCAGAUUGCACGUAUCUCUGCCACAACCCAUAUCUCACCAAUUGGCUUCUAUAAGUUUGGAGGAGCAGGAGGAGGGGAAGAAGAGGAGGAAGAAGAAGAGGAGGAGGAAGAAGGAGGAGGCGGAGGAAAGAAAAACUUUGUUGAGAACACUAAAUAUAAGCCAGUUCCAAUGAAAGAUCUCCUAGACCCCAGUUUCGCCUCCUGGGUGCAUCAUUCUCCAUACAUCCUGAAACAAGGCAGAACAGAAUGGUGGAGCACUAAGAAAAAAAAAGAAGGAGAGGAGGAGGAAGAAGAGGAGGCAGAGGAGGAAGAGGAAGAGGAAGGCAAGGAGGGAGAGGAGAAGGAGAAAGGUCCUGCACUGUUGUCGCCUGUCACAGAAGACCAGACUAUUGAAGAUAGCCCAGCUUGGACGACUACGAGCACGCACAAGUACAAUGUGGAACUGGCUGCAGCAGUAAUACGAUCCAAUCUUUGGCCAGGCGCAUGUACCUUCGCAGCCGGCAAGACAUACGAAAACAUCUAUGUUGGAUGGGGACAGAAAUAUUUGCCAUACGGUUUUUCUCCAGCUGUACUUCCCCACCCUGAGUACGAGUAUGAGUUGGGACCCGAAAUCAUGGAGAUACAGGAUCCCACAGUGCAGGUGGAGCAGGACUGGCGAGUGGCUCACAAGAAGAAACCACCGCCAAAAGAAGAGGGAGAGGAAGAGGAGGAAGGUGGUGAAGAAGAAGAAGAAGAGGAAGAGGAUGAUUAAAAAAGAAAAUUUAUUUUCUUUUCCUUACAAAGUAUAUGCUUCAAUAAAGAUGUUUGUUUUAUUGUUAA